AUGAUCGACACAGUUCAAGAUACAACAUCAUUCAAGGGUAAUAAUCAUAGUCCGCUUUCGAAACCAAUAAAAAACGCUGCUGCUGUGACCAGUGUCAGUCCAUUAGACACCCGUUUUCGUAGAAGAUCUAAAGCACUUGAUGCAAAUAAAUCACAGUCGUUGCUUCCUCAAGUAGACAUCACUGAUCGUCACACGGCAGUGCGAUUGAAACUAUGUGUUUCUUUCAUCAAGGCGUCACGUGUCAAAGACAAAGAGCAGGCUUCAGUGGAAGCUGACAAUACAUCCAGGGAGGUUGUGGACAGAGAUACAGACCACGCUUCAGAGAAACCCGACAAUAUAUCCAACGAGGUUAUUUACAGAAAUGAAGACCACGCUUCGGAGAAAGUGGACAGUACAUCGAGGGACGUGAUUGACAGAGAUGAAGAUCAGGCUUCGGCGAACGAUGGCAAUACAUUAAGGGAGAUGAUUGCCGGAGAUGAAGAACAGGUCUCGGCGAACGAUGGCAAUACAUCCAGGGAGGUGAUUGACAGAGUUGAAGAACAGGCCUCGGCGAAUAAUGGCAAUACAUCCAGAGUAGCCAUUGACAGAGAUGAAGAUCAGGCUUCGGCGAAUGAUGGCAGUACAUCCAGAGUGGUGACUGACAGAGAUGAAGAUCAAGAUUCAGAGAAAGCGGACGACACAUCGAGAGAGAUGAUUGCCGGAGAUGAAGAACAGACCUUGGCGAACGAUGGCAAUACAUCCAGGGAGGUGAUUGACAGAGAUGAAGAUCAAGGUUCAGAGAAAGCGGACGAUACAUUGAGGGAGAUGAUUGCCGGAGAUGAAGAACAGACCUCGGCGAACGAUGGCAAUACAUCCAGGGAGGUGAUUGAUAGAGACGAAGACCAGGCUUCGGCGAAUGAUGGCAAUACAUCCAGGGAGGUGAUUGACAAAGAUGAAGAUCAGGCUUCGGAGAAAGCUGACGACACAUCGAGGGAGAUGAUUGCCGGAGAUGAAGAACAGGCCCCGGCGAACAAUGGCAAUACAUCCAGGGAGGUGAUUGACAGAGAUGAAGACCAGGCUUCGGAGAAUGAUGGCAAUACAUCCAGAGUGGUGAUUGACAGAGAUGAAGAUCAGGCUUCGGAGAAAGCUGACGACACAUCGAGGGAGAUGAUUGCCGGAGAUGAAGAACAGGCCCCGGCGAACGAUGGCAAUACAUCCAGGGAGGUGAUUGACAGAGAUGAAGACCAGGCUUCGGCGAAUGAUGGCAAUACAUCCAGAGUGGUGAUUGACAGAGAUGAAGAUCAGGCUUCGGCGAAUGAUGGCAAUACAUCCGAGGUGGUGAUUGACAGAGAUGAAGAUCAAGGUUCAGAGAAAUGGGACGAUACAACCAGGAAGGUGAUUGAUAGAGAAGACCAGACUUCGGAGAAAGCUGACGAUACAUUCGGGGAAAAGAAAGCUGA